GCAAAGGAGCCAGAGGAGGAGCCGAGGGGUGGGCGGGGCCACCACCUAACCAGAUCAACCGGGGUUUCUGAGAAGCUCCUCAGGGGGCAGAAACGUGCAACAGCCGACUGGAGAUCAGCCUGAAGAGCAUGAGCAGACUCUUGCAUGAAAAAAUCCAGCAUGCUUGGCUAUUUCGCCCAACCCCCGCAACCCCAAACUAAGAGACAAAGGAGGAGAGAAAUAUUAGUGCGCACAAGGGAAACUGUUAGGACAGAAAACACAGAUGGAGCCUUUUGCUGAAAACAAUCCUGACGCCCGCGACACUGCCAGCCCGGCCGGGCCCAGCCCCGCAGAAGACCCCCACCCCGCUCAGGCAUGCGGGGUGUUCGGCGCGCAGGGCCGCACCCAGCCUGAGGAGCAAGCCCUGCCGGGCGCGGGGCAGGUGUGAGACGAGCCCAAGCCCGCGCUGCGCCCCCGACGCUGGGAGUGGCCCAGCCCCGGCGUCGGGCUGAGGAGCCUGCAGCGCCACCCCCGGCCGAGCCGGGGCCUGCAGGGCGCACGCGCAAAAGUACGCAGCCAGCGCUCCUUCCCCUCCGCCGGGCUAAGACGCACAUGCGCGUGAAGAUCCGGAACGGGGAGGAAGCGACGUAACCUUGUUGACGUAGCACUGCGGCAGGAAGAUGCGCGUGGACGUCUGGGGUUCCGGUUCCGGUUCCGGGGUCACGGUGGAAGGGCCUCAAGUCAGCAGCGGGCAGCAGUGCCCUGUGCGGAGCGGCCGUCGUCCCUCCUCUCCCGGCGUGGCGCCAGGCCCGGAGCGCGGCGGGAGGAGCCGCCUGCAGCGCCCGGCCCAGGCUGAGCUGCUAAAACACAAACCAGUAUCAAGAUGCCUAUAGUGAAGGCAGGGGGUGGAUCAGUCCGUAAAACAAAGAAAAUUUCUGUGAAAACUUCUUUAAAUAACCCAUAUGUUAUCACAUGGCGUACUCUAGAGGGAGAAGAUGUGCACUUUAUACUACAGACCUUGGAAGAAAGGAUUAAAUGUACUGGACUUAAAAAGAUUGAAGUUGCAAGCAGAAAAAAAAAUUCUAAUGCAAUAAAACAAGCCAAAAAAACCUGUGAUACUAGUGCUAGUGAACUUCUAAAGGAGAAAGAAAAGGAAGGCACUCAACAAGGGUGGACUGACUUAAAUAUCAGGAAGCAGCUUGCCAUUGGAGUUAAUGAAGUCACAAGAGCUUUGGAAAAAAAUGAACUUCUUUUAGUGCUGGUAUGUAAAUCUGCAAAACCUGCUCUGAUCACUUCGCACCUUAUUCAGCUGAGUGCAAGUCGAGCGGUUCCAGCUGGCCAGGUCCCACGUCUUAGUGAAAGCAUAGCUCCUGUUCUUGGUUUAACCUCUGUUCUAGCACUGGGCUUUAAAAGGAACUCUGACAGCUUUACUGAAGUAGUAGAAGCUAUAAUUACCAGGAUUCCUACCUUGGAUGUACCAUGGAUUCACCAUGGAACUGAGCAGUCUGUGCCAGAUGCAAAUACUGGUUCUCUGGAAAUAGAAGCUUCCGAGCUUAUGGACACUUCAGUGGAGGAGUUCUCCCUAAGCCAAAAGCGGAAGCAUACUGAAAGUUAUACACCAGAUGCACCAACUGUAACUUUACAAACCCUCAAAGUUAAAAAGCUUGUUCCAAAUCCAAAUAAGAUAAGGAAACCCCCCAAAAAGAAAAAACGCAUUUCAAAAUAAAAUAACUCUUUCAGGUUCUUUCAUUAAGGGUGAAGUGACUUUUUUUUAAUGCAGUGUGAGAAACUGCUGUCUGUAACUAAAACCCUAACAAUUUAAUUAAACUUAAAGAUACCAAGCCAUUUGACCAAUGCAAAAUGAGAUCAACUAAUAUAUUUACACAGUUGUAAAACUUUUUUCCUGUUUAGAAAUUAAAUUGUAAAUCUGUGUAAAUAGUGACUUCUCUUCUAAUUUGUGUUUGGAAAGCUUGGGUUUAAGGAUGACUAUUAUUAAGUACUUAAAAUAAGAGAGAUGGUUUUGUACAAGACAUGCAUUGUAACAAGUGGCAUGCAAAAUUAAUAUUUUCAGGAAGUAAUAUAGUUUGAACAGAAACUAUGGCAUUACAUGUUAUUAUUCAAACAAAGGAAUAUCAAAAUUGAAGUUUAUUCAAACAUA